AUGGCUGCCGCCGUCCACCUCCGCCCUCUCCACUCGUUCGCGCUCCCUCUCCCCGCAGCGAAGGCCGCGCCCAGCUGGCUCCCUCUCCCGGCGAAACCCGGUGCGCGGAGGAGGGGCAGCCGCGUCGCCCUGCUCGUCUGCUCCGCGUCUCCCUCGCCCUCGGGCGGGGACGGCGCCGCGGCGUCGGCAGCGACAAAGUGGGUGGAGUGGAUCCCGCGCGCCGCGGCAAGCGCCGGGUCGGCGGCGGGCCCCGAGCAGGUGCUCAGGCUCAUCUCCGGCGCCGCGGCCACGCCCAUCUGCCAGUUCGUCGACAGCCCGCGCACCUUCCUCCAUUCCGUCGACCCGCGCGUCAAGCUGAUGGGCAGUCCUUGCCAUUCUUUACCCCCAUCAACAUGUAGUCAGCAGAGGUGUGGCUACAAAAUUUUGGCCCUUGUUGUCCUACCAGCCAGAUCAAAUAUUUAUAUGCGGUUUGGUUUGGUAGUAUUCCUGGCCCUUCUUUCAAUGUGGAUUUUACCAAAUCAUGUUUGGAAGGAUCAACUUGGAAGGGUUGCUCUCCUUUCAGGAUUCUUAUUCAUCAUGCUGGGAUUUGGUGCUGAUGGUGCGCCUUCAUUAGUCCAGAUGAGAACGCCUCCACCAUCUGUUCUAGGCAUACCGAACAUUCCUUGCUCCACAAGUGGGUAUUCUUACACAAUCUUCAAACUGGGACCACUGCAAUUUACAAGGAAAGGCCUAUCAGUAGCAAGUACUUCAGCAAGCCUCUCCUUUGCGAUAUUCCAAAGUGCAAGUCUCUGCUUGACAACAACCACUCCUGAGCAGCUUGCCUCUGCUUUGUGGUGGUUUAUGAUUCCACUGAAGCAUAUUGGUGUGCCAGUACCUGAGAUAAUACUUACACUACUACUCUCAUUGAGGUUCAUCAAUUUAGUAUUUGAUGAGGUUCGCAACUCAGCUCUAGCGAUUGUAGCACGCCGGAUAAAUUGGAAAAAGCUGACAGCUAUGGAAACUAUAGAUAUUUUCUUCAACUAUGUCCGGCGGAUAUUCAAAAAUAUAUUUGAUCACGCAGAGCAAAUAUCCAAGGCAAUGGUAGCUCGAGGAUUUCGUGGCAAUCCAAGCAAUCACAAGAUCUACUUUCUUUCAGAAUCAUCAUUUGGAAUUGCGGAUCUCCUUUCAUUGCUUUGCCUAUUUGCUGUAGUGAACUUGGCUUCCUUUUCUGACCAGUUGGUUUGA